AUGGACUUCGAGGGGCGGCGGCUGCGCCAGGUGGGCGGCUUCGGGCGGCGGUCGCGCUUCCUGGCGGCCGCCUCGGGGCUGCCCAACGCGGGGCUGGCGCUGGGGCUGGCCGCGGGGCUGCUCCUGGCCGCCGUCCCGCCGCACCGCUGCCGCCCGGACCCCGCGCUGCUCCCCGCCGCCCUGCGCAACGCCAGCGGCCCGGAACUGCGUAACGCCUCGGCGCCGCCGGGCAGCCGCUGCCGGCUCUACCGCUAUCCGCGGUCCGGAGGCGGCACCGGCCCGCCCAACGGCACCGGGCCCUGCACCCGCGGCUGGCAGUACACGCUGCCCGCGGCCGGGCUCCGCUCCACGCUGGUCACACAGUGGGACCUGGUGUGCGCCAAGCAGUGGCAGGUGCCGCUGGAACAGACCACCCACCUCUUGGGAUGGCUGGUGGGCUACGCGGCCCUCGGGGCGGCCUGCGACAGAUUUGGCCGUCGGACCACCUUCGUUCUUUCCUUGGUGCUGUCUGUCCUGCUGGGCUCCGGUGUGGCGCUGGCAGUGGAUUACCUUAUGCUGGUUGUGAUGCGGAUGCUCUUUGGGGCCGUGCUGGCAGGGGGCUUCCUCUCCCUCUACGUGGCACGCCUGGAGUUGUGUGAUCCCCCCCACCGCCUGACAGUCACGAUGAGCGCCAGCUUCUUCUGGGUUGCUGGGCAGCUGAUCCUGCCAGGACUGGCCGUGGCCGUUGCGGAGUGGCGGCUGCUCCAGGGGGCCAUCACAUUGGGGCUGACUCUGCUGGCUGCUUGCUGGUGGUCUCCCUCUCUCUUUCCCGAGUCAGCCCGGUGGCUCUUGGCCACUCAGCAGCUGCAGAGAGGCAAGCGGGCCCUGCUGGACCUGGCCAGGGGCAACGGAGUCAGCCUGGAAAAUGACUCCGCAACAGGGGAGACGGACAGCCGGGCAGGAGGCGUCCCCAGAGCAGAGUACCACAGCGUCUGCCGGAUCUUCAGCACACGAGUGGUAUGGAAGAACAGCCUCAUUCUUGGCUUCACUGCGUUCAUUGGGAGCGGCAUCCGCCACUGUUUUGCCCGCAACUUGGUUCCGUAUGCGCCCCGCUUUUACUUCCCCUACUUCCUGCUGGCGGGGAGCGAAGCGGUGGCCAUCCUCUUCCUCUGCCUGACUGUGGAUCACUUUGGCCGCCGGGCAGUCCUCCUCUUUGGCACCAUCCUCACUGGGGUUUCCUCCCUGCUCCUCCUGGCCCUGAUGCAGUAUUUGAUGGCCUGGCUUGUCUUGGCACUCUCCAUCCUGGGCAUUCUGGCAUCUCAAGCUGUUGCUGCCCUCAGCAUCUUCUUUGCCAGCGAGGUGCUGCCCACCGUGGUCAGGGGAGCCGGGCUGGGCCUCAUCCUGGCUGCACACACACUGGGCCAGACGGCCACCCCGAUCAUGGACAUCCAGCACAGCCGGGGGUUCUUCUUGCACCAUGUGGUCUUCGCCUCCUUCGCCAUCCUCUCGGUGCUCAGCGUGAUGCUCCUCCCGGAGACCAGCCACAGGCCCCUGCCGGACUCCGUGCAGGAGGGGGAGAGCCUGCACCGGCCGCCGCUCUUCCACCCCACCCGCCGUCACUGCCGCCGCCAGGACCAGCUGCCACUGCUCUCCACCCACGGGGGGAGCAGCCCCUAUGACCCCGAGAGCUACGCCCACCUGGUCACGGCCACCAAGAAGAUGCUGGGCAGCCAUGGGGGGGGCGCUGGUGCUGGGGGGCAAGGCAGCUCACUGACCCCAGAGACCUAA